AUGAUAUUGCCCUAUGCAUUUUCAUCAAUCGUAUUUCCAUUAUCCAUCUUGGUCACUAUAAAUUUUUGGGCUAUAUAUUCAUAUUAUCCGAGAGUUAUAGACGAAGACAACGUGACGGAAUCAUUUUUUCCAAGUUGGGUAAAUCACGGAUUACACACGACCAUUUUAUUACUCGCGUGCAUCGAAAAAUUUAUCACAUAUAGAUCGUACCCGACUAAAAUUCAAGGUUUUUUAGGUUUAUCCACCGUCUUAACGUUGUAUUGCUUGACGUGCACGAUAUUAUAUUUGAUCGGAGGAGUUUGGCCUUAUCCCCUUGUGUCUUUAUUAAGUAAAUGGCAUUUACUUAUUUACAUAUACGGAAAUUAUUUAUUUGGUUUUUUUAUUAUGAGAUUAGGAGAAUCCAUAAAUAAUAAAAUAUGGAGUAAAAAUUUGUUUUUAAAUACGUAA